AUGGACGUCUCGUGGGAAACACACAACCUGGCAUCACGCGCCUCACAGCUACCCAACGAGCUUGCUGAAGCGUUACGAAAGGGCGACGGCGCAUACUUUCUCGCCCAACUGAGCAGAGCCGCUCUCGACAGACGAUACACCGAUUUUCUUUUGAUUCACGCCGAUUCACUCAUCCCGCACUGUUGCGCCGAGUUCCAAUCCUCCCCCGACUACGUCUCUGUCGUCGCCGCAUACGCUCGUCUCGUCUCGCUCGCUCCUCACAUUUCCGAAUACGCCGAGCGCUACCUUAGUUCGCAUAAUGUCGAUAGCAUCUCCGACUCCAAUCUAUUCACAACCGAAUACUUCUUUGCCCUGAUCCGUUUGUUGCGAUUCGAUCGCCAGACCUUUGCAAAAUUUGUGCCUUUCUCACGGAUACACCAAUUACUCGACCACAAUGCUCGUGCUCUGCGUUAUCUUGCUGUCCGUGUGCUAUGUCUGUAUCUGAGCGCCGCAGAUGCUGCUCUACAGGACAUGACCAACAAGUACCUCGCAAACGAUGCUGGAUCCCAGGACUUGAUCGCUCCGUUAGGCUCAUGGGAGGACAAGGAGAUCGAUUACCGCCUUCUCACUCUGUGGGAGGAGCGACGCCAAAAGAAUCUGGAGAAAGAGAGGGAAGCUUUACAACAAGAACGUGCUGCCUACUUGGAUGCUGGAACCGCUCCUAGACAGGCCGUCGUCUUCCCAGCCAAUCUUUUCCACCCUUCGACAGCAUGCAUCUCUGGUGUCUUGCUGCCUCGCGGUGCUGCCCCUACAGACGCGUCGACAAAUUCAAUAGUCGACACUCCCACCACAGCCGCAAAUCUGCGCGAGCUGGCCACCUCGCUGAAGGUACCUAACCCGGUACUGUUGACAGGUCUUGCUGGCUCUGGAAAGACACUACUGGUCCGCCAUGCUGCACGUCAGCUCAACAAGCUGAAGUCGAUGGUCACACUACACUUGAACGAGCAGAGCGAUGCGAAGCUGCUCAUCGGAAUGUACACAACCGGCAAGAACCCUGGAUCUUUUGUCUGGCAGGCUGGUGUCUUGACGACUGCCGUACUCGAGGGUCGCUGGGUGUUCAUUGAGGACCUGGACCGCGCCCCGAACGAUAUCAUCAGCACCUUGCUACCCUUGAUCGAGAGAAACGAACUUGUGAUUCCUAGCAGAGGGCAAACGAUACACGCAGCCCGAGGCUUCCGCAUUAUCGCUACCAUGCGCACGUCUCUGUCGAACAGUGGCCACGAGACCAAGCCUGCCUACAACUUGCUAGGUGCUCGCCACUGGAGGUCAGUACACGUGAGUAUGCUGCCAUCAGAGGAGUUGAAGCAAGUAGUCGUUGGACUCUUUCCAUCACUGCACGAGUUCGCCUCACAAUUCGUUACAGUCUUUCAGAAUCUGCAACUACUCAAGCAACAAGCACAUCUUGCAAGUCGUAGCAGGACCGGUCUGAUGCGUGAGGUCAAUCCCAGAGAUCUGCUCAAAUGGUGUGCCAGAGUUGCGCUUAUGCUUGGAGACAGGCCUAACAUGACUGCUGGUGAGCUUGAUCAGAUCUUCCUAGAUGCUGUUGACUGUUUUGCCGGUGCUUUGCCUGAGGGUACAGCUUACACUGCUUUGACUUCCUGCAUCGCUGAGAACCUGCAAAUCGAUCCUCAACGCUGCCAACAUUUGCUAGGAGAGAGGACUAUCAUUCACAAGGAGGAACCCUCACGAGUCACAAUCGGUCGAUCAGUCUUUUCUCGUCAACAACGGAAGAGUCUCGCUGGUCCUACUGGCAAACGCGCCUUCUCAACGAACGCACACACUCUCCGUCUACUUGAUCGCGUUGCUGUAGCUGUUUCCCAGAAGGAGCCUCUUCUCUUGGUUGGUGAGACAGGUACUGGUAAGACUACCAGCAUUCAGCAUCUUGCAGACCAACUCGGCAAGAAGCUUGUUCCUUUCAACUUGUCGCAACAGAGCGAGAGUGGUGACCUGCUUGGUGGCUUCAAGCCCGUCAAUGCUCGAUCCAUCAUCGUACCCUUGAAAGAGGAAUUCGAUGAUCUGUUUUCUGCUAGUUUCUCAUACAAGCGAAAUGCCCAGUUCAUCGAUAUGCUCAACAAGUGUAUGGGUAAGCAGCAAUGGGUUCGUGUAUGCAAACUCUGGAAUACAGCUCUCGGUAUGGUAGAACAACAAAGAGUCGCUGCACUGCAAGCUGGAACCAGAUCUCCCUCAAGAAACGCUGAGAACCCUGCCAAGAAGCGCAAGGUUGAGCCAGCCAUGACUGCUGUUCUUAGCGGAAGAUGGGACAAAUUUGCUUUGGAAGUCAAGAGCCUGGAAAACCGUCUCUCUGCUGGCCAGGAGGCGUUCGCUUUUGCCUUUGUCGAGGGAAAUAUCGUAAAGGCAGUCCGGAAUGGUGAUUGGGUACUUCUUGAUGAGAUCAACCUUGCUUCGCCGGAUACGUUAGAGGCACUGGCCGAUUUGUUCGAUGUCAGCUCUCCGUCUCUUAUGCUGAGUGAGGCUGGCAGUGUCGAGGUCAUCAAAGCUCAUCCUCAAUUCAGAGUCUUUGCUGCUAUGAAUCCUGCCACUGAUGUAGGUAAAAAGGACUUGCCUCUCGGCAUCCGUUCGAGAUUCACCGAACUCUACGUCGAGAGCCCUGAUCGUGACUAUCAAAGUCUGCGAAAUAUCGUUCAAGCCUACCUUGGUCAAGAAGCAGUUUUGGACAGAUCCAUCGCUUCGGACGUGGCCAAGCUACAUCAAGCGACGCAGAAACUGAAUGAAGAGAACUUGCUGGUCGACGGUGCUGGCCAGAAGCCGCAUUUCAGUUUGAGGACACUUACACGUGCUUUGAUCUACGCGAAGGAUGUCUCACCGCUGUGCUCGAUCCGCAGAGCUGUUGCGGAGGGUAUCCAGAUGAGUUUCUUGACCUUACUCGACAAGGAAUCUGAAGCUCGUCUGUUGCCGCUGAUUCACCAGCACAUGUUUGGCAAGCUUGCAAACGCUGCAGCCGAGCUCAAGAAGCCCUUCCGUGAACCUCAAGAUGGACACACCUAUGUCAAGGAUGGAGCUUACUGGCUCAGACAAGGCAACUUCGCAGUUCACGACCAGCCACACUACAUCAUUACUCCUUUCAUCCGCCGCAACCUCGAUAACCUGAUUCGUGCCUCCUUCACCCGCCGCUUCCCUGUCUUGAUUCAAGGCCCUACCUCUGCCGGAAAGACCAGUAUGAUUGAGUACCUCGCCAACAAAUCUGGAAACAAGUUUGUCAGAAUCAACAAUCACGAGCACACUGACUUGCAAGAGUACUUGGGCACAUACGUGUCUGGCUCCGACGGUCGUUUGCAGUUUCAGGAAGGUGUCUUGGUCAAGGCUCUGAGAGAAGGUCACUGGAUUGUGCUCGACGAAUUGAACUUGGCACCCACUGAUGUUCUCGAAGCGCUGAACAGACUUCUCGAUGACAACAGAGAGCUGCUCAUUCCGGAGACCCAGGAAACCGUGCGCCCGCAUGAGAAUUUCAUGCUUUUCGCCACCCAAAAUCCUGCUGGUCUGUAUGGCGGCCGUAAGGUUCUUUCCCGUGCUUUCCGCAACCGUUUUCUUGAACUUCACUUCGACGAUAUUCCGGUCGAGGAGCUCCAUACGAUUCUUCAACGCCGCACACAAAUUCCAGAUACAUGGUGCAAGCGCAUAGUCAGUGUGUACAGAGAACUCUCGGUCUUGCGUCAGGAGAAUCGCUUGUUCGAGCAGAAGUCUUUUGCAACGCUUCGUGACUUGUUCAGAUGGGCCUUGAGAAAGGCUGACACCAUCGAAGAGCUUGCUGUUAAUGGUUUCCUACUUCUUGCCGAGAGGGUUCGCAAGCCUGAGGAGCGUGAGGCUGUCAAAAAGGUUAUCGAGAAGGUUCUGGGCCAGAAAGGUCCCAAGGUCUCGAUCGACACCACUGCCCUAUAUGGCGUCCAAUCUCCUCUGCUGCAGUCGUACCUCACUCAGGCUGGCUCGAAGGGUGUCGUCUGGACAAACGCUAUGCGCAGACUAUACGUCCUGGUCGCGACUGCUCUUCAGAACAAUGAGCCAGUCUUGCUGGUUGGUGAGACUGGUUGCGGUAAAACAACGGUCGUUCAAAUGCUCGCCGAUGCCAUCCAGAAGGAACUGCAUAUCGUCAAUGCACACCAGAAUACCGAGACAGGUGAUCUGAUCGGUGCUCAGAGACCUCUCAGAAACAGAGCGGCCAUGGAGCAGCAGGUCCGUGAGAUGCUUGUGUCGCUCCCUCAUGACGAAAUUCAAGAAGCUGCACCUACAUCUAGCCUGGAUGAGCUGCUUGUCACUUACGAUCAAGUCAAGGCCAAUGCUGACUUGAGUGAUCCUUACACGGCGCAGAUCUACCAAGCCAUCGACGCGAAUCGUCCACGUCUGAAGGCUUUGUUCGAGUGGGCCGAUGGUUCCCUUGUUCAUGCGAUGAAGACUGGCCAAUACUUCUUGCUUGACGAGAUCUCACUCGCAGACGAUUCGGUCCUCGAGCGCUUGAACAGUGUGCUCGAACCCUCGAGAGAGAUGCUUCUUGCUGAAAAGGGAUCGCUUGACUCUUUUGUCAAGGCACAGCCUGGUUUCCAGUUCUUUGCUACCAUGAAUCCUGGUGGCGACUACGGUAAGAGAGAACUGUCACCUGCUCUGCGUAAUCGUUUCACUGAGAUCUGGGUCCCCGCGUUGUCUGAUAUCGAGGACGUCCUGCAAAUCAUUCGUUCUAAGCUCAAGGACCACGCAGCACCUUAUGCAAAUGUGCUUGUUGAGUUUGCUCAGUGGUUCAACCAGCGAUACAAUACCUCGGCUGCAUCUUCAAUCUCCAUUCGUGACACUCUUGCUUGGGUGGAGUUUGUCAACCGCCAGCCUCAUCGCGAUCCUGUCUUCUCCAUCAUUCAUGGUGCUGCUAUGGUCUACAUUGACACCCUCGGAGCCAAUCCUGCUGCACUGCUCGCGAUCAACCCAGGCACUGUAAACUACGAAAGAAUGCAGUGUCUUGAUGAGUUGAGUAAACUCAUCAAGGCCGACGCAUCUGCAGUAUACAACACGCCAAUCCACGUCGAGGUCACGGACGAGGCUCUGGAACUCGGUGCUUUCUCUAUUCCGGUCAUCACUAAGGGCAACGAGCCUGGAUUUACCUUCCUGGCCCCGACUACCAGGUCCAACGCCAUGCGUGUCAUCCGUGCUCUUCAACUCACUAAGCCCGUUCUUCUCGAAGGCAAUCCCGGUGUUGGAAAGACCACUCUGGUCACUGCUCUGUCACAAGCAAUUGGCAUGCCUUUGACGCGUAUCAACUUGUCAGAGCAGACCGACUUGAUGGAUCUCUUCGGUUCCGAUGUUCCUGUUGAAGGAGCCGAAGCUGGCACAUUCGCCUGGCGUGACGCACCGUUCCUCCGAGCCAUGAAGAAUGGCGAGUGGGUGUUGCUCGAUGAGAUGAACCUUGCCUCUCAGUCUGUGCUGGAAGGUUUGAACGCUUGUCUCGAUCACAGAGGUGAGGUUUACAUCUCUGAAUUAGACCAAACCUUCCGUCGCCAUUCAGACUUCAGGCUGUUCGCCGCACAGAACCCUCAUCAUCAAGGCGGCGGUCGUAAAGGUCUGCCAGCCUCUUUCGUCAACCGCUUCACUGUUGUCUACGCAGAUGUCUUCAGCCCUGCUGAUCUUGUACUUAUCUGUCAGAAGUCGUUCUCCAGCUACGACGCAGACAAGAUCGCUCCCAUUGUCUCCUUCAUUGACCAGUUGGACAUUGAGACUCAGCGCCGAAAGAUUGGUUCGCUUGGUGGACCUUGGGAGUUCAACUUGCGUGAUACAUUGCGUUGGCUGAACUUGAUCACGGCCGAGCAAGGUCUGCUGAAAGGAGGUGAGGUGGACGACUUCUUCUCCACCAUCAUCUCACAGCGUUUCCGUACUCCUAUGGAUAGAGCACUUGUGACACAACUUUUCCAAAGCGUUCUACCUGACGCUCCUGUCACUCACAGCAUGUUCCAUAACAUUGGGCCUAAGCAUUUCCAAGUUGGCUUGGGAAUGUUGCAGAGAAACGCUCACCUCGCAAGGGUUGGUGCUGAUCACCAAUACUUUGACUUCAAGCCUCAUCUUCGAGUUUUGGAGUCUGUCAUGGUUGCUGUUCAGAAGAGAUGGCCAGUCCUGCUUGUCGGACCCUCUGGUUCAGGCAAGACUGCUAUUCUGGAGAAGCUUGCAGCAGUUCUUGGUGUCGACAUGACCACCUUUUCCAUGAACGCCGACGUUGACUCCAUGGACCUGGUCGGUGGCUACGAACAGUCAGAGCCUCAGCGUGCCAUCCACAACUUCCUGGAGAAACUUCGCACGUUCGCAGCCCUGCAGACUCGUCUCCGACAAUUGGCAUCCAAGGCAGACACGAGUCUCGUUACUACAGGCCGUAAUGAAGUCACUCUUGAGGUCGCUCAUCUGCUCCAGAACUUCAUCACAGUCGCUCAAUCAUCUGGUACUGUCUCGUCAAACACUUUUAUGAUUGAUGUUCCUGAGGCAGAGUCUCUGCUCGAGCAAGUCAACGUCCUGAUUUCUAAGCCUACGGCCAUCAGUCGAGCUCAAUUUGAGUGGAUGGAUGGUAUGCUUGUACAAGCAUUGGAGCGUGGAGAGUGGCUGGUGCUGGACAAUGCCAAUCUUUGCAGUCCUGCCGUCUUAGACAGACUGAACUCUUUGCUCGAGCCUAACGGCACGCUCAUCAUCAACGAGAACACUGACGCUUCCGGACAAGCUCGCGUCAUUGUACCUCAUCCCAACUUCAGAAUCUUCUUCACCAUGGACCCCAGAUAUGGUGAGCUGUCUAGAGCGUUGCGCAACAGAGCUGUCGAAUUGUUUCUCCUGUCACCCACUGCAAGCUCUGAGCACUCUUCAAGCUUGGAAUUCUCAUCCGAGUCCAGUCUUCACAGAUUCCGCAACACAGAGGUUCUCGAAAAUAUCGAUCUCGAGAGUGCCUUGACACCGCACAUUGCACAAACCGUCAUGGAGAGUCUGUCGUAUCAAGACAGUCCCAUAAUGUCUCAUUUCAUGGCUGGCCUGGAAGCUGGGCUCUACCAGACUCCGAGCAAAGUACUCGAAAGCAGCAAGAGUGUUCAGUUCAAGUUCAAGACUCUGCACUCUUCUCAAGAUGUCAAUCAAAUCGUGCCUGAUGUUGCCGAUUCUGCUAUCCAGCCUUUCCAUCCACUCAACAAUGUCGCACUUGCCCGUUGUAACCUUGUGCCGACUGAAUGGGCUGCUGCUCUUUACGAGCUGGAGUGGGAUAUCCAUUCCAUGCAAAUCGCGCUUGACGGCGCCAGAAAUCGCGACGUGCCCAAGCGUGAGCAAACAAGGCUCCAGCGAUCUGCCCUUGGACAGGGCCCAAAGCAAAAGCACUUCACCAGCAAUGUAUUUGGCCUUCUUACUGGUGCAGUGGAUGUGUGGUCGAGAUUCCUUGAUACCGCCGUCUCUGCAAAGCAGCAGGGUCAGCUUGUCGAACAGUAUCCUGUGGACACUUUCAAGCCAUGGAGAAGAUACUGGUGGGAGUUCUUCAACUUGGUGGAUUCUGUCGAGGUUGAGGAGGCGGUGUUCAAGGCAUACAUUGAGAUUGGUAUCCGUCUUGAACAAAGCCAUGGCAUAGAAUUUGCCGCUCGCUUUGCUCCAGGAGGUGCUCAAAACGCUGAACGAUUUAGCUCAUACUUUGUUCUGCCUUUGGACCGAGCAUUCUCUCCAGACAACAAGGGUGCGUCUAUGACUGCUCUGUGGACAGUCAUGAGACCCAAGACUGCACGUACUUUCCAGCAGUUGCAGGACAUCAUCGGACUCGAAGCCAUGGCAGACAAAUUCGACAUCUUCGCAAGAAGACUUGACGCUCCUCUUGACCAGCUCCUACAGCUGCAGCAAGCGUUCGGCAAAGCUCUAGCUCUCGUCUUGGAUGGCUCUGAAGAGGCACCUGCUCUCAUUGCUAGUCUCAAGGAGGCUAUGUCUGCUUUCAGCACUGAGGAGACCGCGAUCGCACAUGUUCUGCCUCACUUCAAGCAGCAAUUCGAAGGUAUUGCUCAAACCUUCGAUCUUCUGUACGGCAAAGACAUGUCUCAAUACCCUCAGUCAGGAAUCUUUGGUGCAUUUGCUGGCAAGAAGCUGAGCGAACAGUUACAGAAACAGUUGCAGCGCGUCAAAUUCCUUGCUUACAGACCUACCAAGUCUAUCUCUACCCAGCAAGGUGACAUUUUUGAGCCGAUCGGUAAACAUGUGGGGUACUAUAGCGACGACCAGAAACCUUUGGCCCUCGAGACCAACCUUCAUCAGCAUGUUCUUGCUGGUCUCGACCACAUCGAUGAAGUGCCUUUGAGCAAAUUGGACUUGCUCAGAACAGAAGCUCAAAUCAUGGCCCAGGUCAUCACAAGCAAUACUCAUGAUCUGGAAGCCAACUACAUUCACGUCUUGGACGGACAUCUUACUGUUCUGGCAGAUGUACUCUUGCGUUCCUUGCGUGAGGUAUCCCGUGCAAAGGAUAUCAGACAAGCUGACUGGCAACCCUGGAUCGAUUGGGCUUCCGAAGCCUUCAGCUCGGGCAAGAUCACCGCUGCUCCAUCCAUGGCUUCAGCACAGGAUGCUGCUAGUAUCUGCAAGCUUUACCUUGAUCCUCUGGUUGUCUACCUUGUCGAUGCUUCUGCAGCACGCUCGACAGACCCAGCUAUCUCUGCCAGAGCUUGGUUGAGAUUUGCUCUUGGAUGCAUGUCGCUGUACGUCACCAGCAAGCCUUCCGACCCUGCGCUACGCCCCAUGCUUGACAGACAGAUUUUCCGUAAGACGUUCGCCGACUUGCAAACCAAGCUCGCGGCCUUGCAACGUUUUGCUGAUGCAACUGGUCUUUACUCUUCGUUACGCACUGCUCUGGUCCACCAAGAUAUCACUGAUCUUGGUCAGGAGCCCAGCGUCCAAGACAUUGCCAGACCAACCGUGUCGGAAAUCACUAAGCUGCAAGGUGAACUCAAUGCUUUGCAAAGAGCCUUGGCUCCUCUGUACAAUGCUUCCGAGGAUAUGCUUGUAGGCUUCGCCAAGGAUGCUGUCUUGCGUCAAAACGUCAGACAAGUCAAGGCCCGUCUCAGCGAUGGUUACCGUGCCUACGCCGAUAUCACUGGACCUGUCAUGGGCUUCUUGCACUGUCUCGAAGUUGGUUUCGCGCUUGCAAACCUCGUUCUUGAAGAUGAUGUCAAGAUGGACAACACAGUCGACAUCAAGCACUUCUCGCCUCUCACUGGAGCACUGCCCAACUACGUUCAGAAGGCCACUGCCAUCACUGCUGUUAUGCAGUCACCUCAUCACAACAAUGUCAGGAUGCAUGCCUUGAACUCUUUUGCUACCAUGAGUCACAUCAUGCCUGAGACUUCCCUCUCAUCCUGGGACGCUGUCUUUGACAUCUUUGACUCCAUGUACCAGCAGUGGCAUACUGAGCUGCAGAACAACCAGCAGCAAAAUGCUGCCGACCACAGUUUGUACACCCACCGCGGUGAUGAAGAAGCAGAAGAGGAAGCAGACCAAGCUGAACUCGAAGAGCUCUUCCCCGAGUAUGAUAACGUGGAUGGUACCGACACUAAGAGCAAGUCGGGCGCACCCCAGAAGAUGCAGGCUCUAGCCCCAGGUCUUGCUACUGUGAUGGCCGAGAUCUUCAAAAAGGACGACACCAGCGAGGACGACCUGCUCGCACUUGUCAAGAAGUCAGCAUCUCUGCUCGGCAAAGAGUCUUACGAACAGACUAUCGAGAGCAUCGACGGUUCAAGCGGUGUUCUUACUCCUCUGCUUGUCCUUAUUUUGCAUGAGAAAACCCAGAUGCUCAAUGGUUCUGGGUUCAAGAAGAACCUGUACAAUAUCUACACAGAAUCCAACCUCGCUGAAGCUGACAAGCUCAUCGUCUUGAUCAGAAAGGUGCAAGCUAGAUUCAUAGAGAUUCAGCUAGUGUGGCCUGAACACGCUACCCUUGCUGAUGUCCUGCGCGUUUGCGAUGAGCUUCUGGAAUUUGCCCAUACUGAUCCUAUCGCCAAGAUCAUGCUCAAGGUCGAGAAGCUACAUUCUCACAUUCACGAGUGGCAGGUUGUUGCCAGCAGAGAGUACAGUGCAGCUGCGCUCUUCGACAGCAUCACCGCCCUGAUCGUCAGUUGGAGACAACUCGAAUUGUCCACUUGGUCAAGAUUGCUUGACAUGGAAGUCAUUAAAUGUAACGAGGAUGCGAAGAGUUGGUUCUACAUCGCUUACGAGAACAUCGUCGUUGUACCAUUGACUAUUGGUGAGACUGAGACUGAGAUGAAGAACCACGUUACCGAGCUCAUCAAGACACUGUAUGGCUUCUUCACUACAACCGGUUUCGGUCAGUUUAGCGCUCGCUUGAGGAUGCUGGCCAACUUCCGUGAGUACAUCAAGACUCGCGCAGCAAUCUUCCCUCCUUUGAGCAUUCUGCACACUGCUCUGGCGAAUUUCAUCGCCUAUAUGGCACGCUACGAGCCUCUGGUUCAACAAGCUCUAGAUGCUGGCAGACAAAAGCUCGAGAAAGACGUGAAGAAUCUCAUCCAACUUGCUAGCUGGAAAGACACGAAUAUCAAUGCGUUGAGACAGAGCGCCAAGGCCUCUCAUACGAAGCUCUACAGAGUCGUUCGCAAGUUCAGGGAUCUGCUCUCCCAACCCGCUCAAAGCAUUGUCUCGGCUGGACUGCCUGAUGUCGUGUUCUCAGAGACACCCACCGCCGCUGGCUUCCGCAAGACUGAGGUUCCUGUCGAUCCCAAGGCAUCAGCUAUCUGUACUGAAGUGGUGCCAAAGUGGAAUGAACGACCUGCUCGUUUCAAGAACACUGCUACCACUUUGACGGUCAUGCAAUCCAAGGGCGCUAUCAAACCUGAGCACAUUGAUUGUGCUUCUGAGAUCAACACGUGGCUAUCUGACACCGAAUCGAUCGCUGCACAGCUUCGCAAAGCCACACCGACAACUUUGACAGAGGAGAACACGGAGACUGUCAAGCACCUCAAGAACCGCAAGCGUAAGCUCUUCGCCGAUGUGCUCAAGGAACUCAGAAACAUGGGCUUCAAGAGCAAUAUGACAAGUGAUGUGCUGGCCAGACAAGACUCUUUGCAAGCUGUAUUGGCUGCUAUCCCUGUCAUGGACGAGGAUCUGGCGGAGAGUUAUCUGCAUCGUCUGCUAUACCUCAUGCCCUUAGUCAGAGAGGCUGCUAGAGAACAUAAUGACGAUCUCACUGGUGCUGAAAUUGCGAGAUCUGUUGCCCUUUGCGAAAGUAUGCUGCAGGUCCUUAUUCAACAGAGAACUGUCCUUGGAUCUGUCGUUGAAGGUCAAAAGACCUUGGAGACCCUGCUCAUCCAAGCUCAGAACCUUUGGGGUAAUGGCAAGCUUGAGUUUAGUGCUAAGAAGAAGCAGAGCUAUGAUGUUGUCACUGCUAUUGCUUGCUUGCCUGUCAUCAUCAAGUCUGCUGCACGCAUUGUUGCUUCCCAGGCUGAGCUCGGUACGCUUGGCUGCAGCGAUGUUAUCAAGACUUUGAAUCAAUGGGCCGUGAAGUUCGAAAGCUUCAAGACACAGUGGCAGAAUCUUGCUGUUCUUCCUGCUGGUAUUACCAGCGAUCACCAUACCAAGGUCAUUACGGACAGCGAGAUUGCUAUGGGAGAACUGCAUAACGAACUCACUGUUUGCAUUGAACAGCAUCCUUAUCUCGGAGCUGCUCUCAGACAGCUUCAGCUCUGGGCAGAAGCCAGCGACAGCACUUCCAAGUCAAAGAAGAUCUCACGCAAGACUUCUAUCAAAAUUCAUGAGUUUGGACAAGCAGCCUGCGACUUGGUCGACUCUAUCCUGGGUUCCGUCCAGGAUAUUGAGAAGCCGCUCAGCCAGCUUCCCGUGUCAGCGGAAGAUCCCAACUGGGUCCUUCAUGAGAGCCAGAAUCUGUCUCUUGCAGCCAAGACUCUUCGUCUUCCUCACGUCACUACUCGUAUGCAAGAGCUUAUCCUGCAAGUAUCUCAGCUUGAUACCAAUCUCGAUGUUGCAGCUGCGGUUGUUCACUCUUUCGUUCCAUUCAUUGCUCAGUACAACAACCUUGCUGUCUAUCUGUCUUCUCGUCUUGAGAAUCUUCACGCAGCUCUUGGCCAAAUGUCCUUCCGUCUUGCAAAGAUCUUCGUUCAACUCUCCAAGGAGGGCUUCUGCACUCCUCCUGAGAAGUCAAAUGAUCAGAACAAGGGCGAUGAUAAACUCGAAGGCGGCACUGGUCUGGGUUCUGGAGAAGGCGCUGAGGAUAUCUCGAAAGAUAUCGAAGAUGACGAGGACCUUGGCGAACUUGCACAAGAAAAGGACGACCGUGACGACAAGGAUGAGAUCGAAGACGAGAAAGAUGCUGUCGAUAUGGGCGAUCAAGAAAUGGAAGGUCAAAUGGGCGACGCAGAAGAAAAGGACGACGAAGAAGGAAGUGACAAGGAAGACGAAGGUGAAGACGAGAUGGAAGAUGAAGUUGGUGAUGUCGAUGAUCUUGGCCCAUCCACCGUCGACGAAAAGAUGUGGGAUGAUGGUGGUAAAGACGAGGACAACAAGGACAAGGAAGGUGAAAACAAUGCCGGCACUGAAGAUCAGAAUGAGAUGACUGCUGCCGACGGUGAAGAGAAGGAUGAAAAGGAGAAGAAAGAGAAUGAUGAUGAUGCUGAGGAAGAGGAGGAUGAAGGCGAGCAGCAGGGUGCUGAUGAGACUGAGAAUGGUCCUCCUGACGAAAGCGAGAAAACCGAUCCUCACCUGGAGGAGCAGGAUAAUCUUGACCUACCUGACGAUAUCGACAUGGACGGCAAGUCUGAAGAUGGCGAUGAGUCGGGUAUGGAAGACAUGGGUGACCUUGAUCCCAUGGACCAGGACCUGCCUGAACCGGAAGGCGAACAAGAAGGCGAGAUCGACGACCCAAGCAAGGAGGAAGAUGUCUCACCUGAAGACGAAAUUCCCGCCGACCUCGAUGCUCAACAGGAGGAAGCCGACGAGAACGCUGACGAGGAUGGUCAAGACAAGACCAACGAAGCCGGUGAAGAUGCUGAGAAGCCUGAAGAGGAAGAAGAAGCCCAAGAGGAUCAAGACAUGCUCCAAGACAACCGCAAGGAUGACACUAACGCUGCCGAUGAGAUUGCGCCCAGCGAAGCCCAAGGUGCCGGUCUCGAUGACCAGGAACCUCAAGACGACAACAAAGACAACGACGCAGGUGCCGCCCAACGGGAGUCUGGCGAGCAAGGUGCCCAGCAAGAACAGCAACAGCAAGCAGGAGCCGAAGGCGAGCGAGGCGUCGCCGAAAACUCUGCCGCCGCCGCCAACGAGGAAAAGACCGAGGACAAGCAAGAGUCUCUUCCGUACAAGAAAAUUGGCGAUGCACUCGAGAAAUGGUACAAGCAGCAGAAGCAGAUCCAAGAUGCUCAAGCCGACCAGGGGGAACGCAAAGAACAACCUCCGGCCGAUGUCGACAUGAACGAUGCUGAGUUUGAGCAUUUGCAGAAUGAAGCCGAGGAAUCUGAUGCUCAGGCUCUUGGUGCCGCUAACGAGGAUCAAGCCAAGGCUAUUGAUGAAGAGGCUGGCGUCUCGACCAAUGACAAGGAACAGAGAGAGGACUUCAUGCCUGAAGAUGAAGAGGAAGGUGAAGCCUACCGUCCAGACGAGGAUGUGGAUAUGGGCGACCGCGAGGAAGACGACAAGCAAGAUCCCGAAGGCGGCGCCGACAACAUUCCCAACGCCUUCGUCGGAGAAGCACAAUCCCGCGAGGAUGCCAUCGAUCAAGACGGCCCCGAAGCCCAAGAAGACAACGACGACGAGAUUGAAGAAGUCGAUCAUCAACUCGAAUCCGCUCACAUCUCGUCCAUGUCCGACUUGCCUUCCCUCUCUCUCGAUGACGCCAGAGCACUCUACAACACCCACGAGUCCUCUACCCGUAACCUUUCCUUGUUGCUGGCCGAACACCUGCGCUUGCUGCUCACACCCACGCACGCCACAAAGAUGCGUGGUGAUUACCGCACCGGCAAGCGCCUGAACAUCAAACGCAUCAUCCCUUACAUCGCAUCCUCGUACCGCCGCGACAAGAUUUGGAUGCGCCGCUCCGUGCCCUCGAAGCGCCAAUACCAGAUCAUGCUCGCCAUCGACGAUUCGCAGUCGAUGGCAGAGGGUGGAGCUCAAACCCUUGCCUUCGACACUAUGGCCCUCCUCGCUCGUGCCCUCUCCAUCCUCGAAGCCGGCGAAUUGUGCAUCCUCGGUUUCGGUGAGGGUGUCAGCGUCAAAUUGCCUUUCGAGACACCAUUCACAGCCGAAGCUGGCGCGAACGUGAUCAGAGGGUUCAACUUUGAGCAAACGAGGACGAAUGUCAAGACACUUGUUGCUGAGUCGCUUGAGCUGUUCAGGGCGGCUAGACUCAGGGCUCAAGGUGCGAGCUCAGAGUUGUGGCAGUUGCAGUUGAUUGUCAGUGAUGGUGUGUGCGAGGACCACAAUGGUAUCAGGUCGCUGGUUAGGCAAGCGCAUGAAGAGAGGAUUAUGAUGGUAUUCGUCAUUGUUGAUGCCACCGCCACUGCACCCUCUUACUCAGCCGCACCUUCUACUGCUGUUUCAGGCACUGCUACUCCUGCUGCCCUCUCCACCGCUGAUCCUGCUGGAACUCAAGCACAGGCGAAGACAAAGAAGCCGAGCAGUAUCUUGGACCUUCAAACCGCUGAAUUCGUCAAAGAUCCCAAUACUGGAGAGAUGAGCGUGAGGACGGUCAAGUAUUUGGACUCGUUCCCCUUUGGAUAUUAUUUGGUGGUCAGGGAUGUUAGGGAGUUGCCUGGUGUGCUUGCUGGUGCGUUGAGGCAGUGGUUUGCUGAGGUUGUUGAGACUCAGGGAUAG